CCACAUUCUCUACAUCCCAUGACACACGUCCAUCUCUGAAAGUAUAACAACAAUUCCCUGUCCAUCCAUCUUCCUCUAUUUUUCUUCCUAUUUUGACCAAACAUGAAACCCACGACAACAUUCUUCUCCUUCCAAACCUCGAUACUUGUUUCUCUUGCCCUAGCGCUUACCCUUACACCGACAACAACGACAAAGUUCCAAUUCCACAACACCCUCUCCUUUUCCCCACUCGCCACUCUCUUUGUCACCCUCUUCGCUCUUUCCCUUAACUACUGGCUUGUCCCUGGAGGUUUUGCAUGGAGAAACUAUCGAUUCCAACAUCAUUCCAACAACGAAAAACCAAACGCAAAGCUUUCUGGGCCUAUGGGCUGGCCCAUACUGGGCUCUCUGCCUCUAAUGGGAUCUCUGGCGCACGCCAAACUCGCUGCUUUAGCCGCGUCGUUAAACGCCAAGAGGAUAAUGGCGUUCAGCCUGGGACCCACUCCGGUUGUUAUAAGCAGCCACCCCGAGACUGCCAGACAAAUCUUAUUCGGAUCCUCGUUUUCGGAUCGUCCCAUAAAAGAAUCCGCACGCGCUCUCAUGUUUGAGCGUGCCAUUGGUUUCGCUCCUUCCGGCACCUACUGGAGGCAGCUUCGUAGGAUCGCGGCGUUCCAUAUGUUCUCUCCGAGGAGGAUUCAGGGUUUGGAGGGCGUCCGGCAGCGAGUGGCUGAUGACAUGGUGAAGAGCGCGUGGAAGGAGAUGGAGGAGAAAGGGGUGGUGGAAAUUCGGCGCAUGCUUCAGGAAGGAUCUCUGUUGAAUAUUUUGGAGAGUGUUUUUGGGAAUAAUGAUAAGAGUGAGGAGUUGGGUGAUAUGGUUAAGGAAGGGUACGAGUUGAUUGCGAAGUUCAACUUGGAAGAUUAUUUUCCUCUUAAGUUUUUGGACUUUCAUGGGGUGAAGAGAAGGUGCCACAAGUUGGCGGCUAAGGUGGUUAGUGUUGUGGGGCAAAUUGUGGAGGAGCGAAAACGAGAUGGGAGUUUUGUUGGGAAGAAUGAUUUUCUUAGCACUUUGUUAUCCUUACCCAAAGAAGAAAGGUUGGAUGAUUCAGAUAUGGUGGCUAUUCUGUGGGAAAUGGUAUUUCGAGGAACAGACACAGUUGCAAUACUCCUAGAAUGGGUCAUGGCCAGGAUGGUUUUACACCAAGACGUACAAAAGAAAGCCCGCGAAGAAAUCAACACGUGCGUCAGCCAAAAUCGUCACGUGCGAGACUCGGAUAUUGCGAACCUGCCUUACCUACAGUCCAUAGUGAAAGAAGUUCUCCGACUGCACCCACCGGGUCCACUACUAUCGUGGGCCCGCCUCGCGGUCCACGAUGUCCACGUGGAUAAAGUACUUGUGCCAGCUGGCACAACAGCCAUGGUUAACAUGUGGGCAAUAUCGCAUGACUCCUCCAUCUGGGAAGACCCAUGGGCUUUCAAGCCCGAGAGGUUCUUAGCAGAAGACGUUUCCAUCAUGGGGUCGGACUUGAGGCUGGCCCCCUUCGGAGCUGGACGUAGGGUGUGUCCGGGCAGGGCCUUGGGCUUGGUCACGGCCCAUCUCUGGCUCGCGCAACUUCUCCGCCACUUCACAUGGCUCCCGGCGGAACAUGUGGAUCUUUCGGAAUGCCUUAGGCUUUCCAUGGAAAUGAAGACCCCUCUGCGAUGCGUAGUGGUUCGUAGAUAAAAAUAAAUAAAAAAUGUGGUAAGUCCUUGAGCCAAACCAUGUUAAAUGCAUCCGAUGUUUGAUGUUAAAGUGAGUCAUCGUUUCUCCUUCUUUUCUUUAUGAGUUUGGUACUCAAAUGUGUAGUGAAAUACUUUGAGAUUAAUCAUGAAACUUAUCUCUAAGUUGUAUUUCACUUUAUUUUCAAGAGUAUCAAAUUAUUAAAGUAAAUAAUUAUCCAGUGCUAGUUGACUAGAAGUGGAUGUAAGAAGAGAGUGUAUUAAGAAGGUUUUAUGUCUCUAAAUUGUAAAAUGUAAAUUAUUGUAAGGUAAUGUAAUGAAUUUGCUUUGCUUUGCUUUGA